UGUGCAUAUAUUUAGUUCAAAAUAUAUCUGAAAGAUGUUGAUCUAUGUUGAAAGCAAAGUAUUUCCUAAUAAAACAUUUGUGUUGCUGUUAAAUCAGUUUGAUACAAUAGCUCGGGCUCGUGCUCAAAUGCUCCAUAUUUUGUAUGAGUUAGGAAAGUCAAAUCAUCAAUUUCGAUUUCGUUUCAAUAAAGUAUACUUACGUGAUGCUUACACAUUUGAAGACUACAAAAUUUUGGAUAGUUCAGUUAUUAAAAUGGUUCCUAUGGCAAAAAUGAGACGAGAGAUUCUUACAGACACUAACAUUCAAGAUGAUCAUGAUGGAAACAUAAAAAAAAUUGAAAGAUUUAAAGAUGGUAUAAUAGAUGAAGUUCAACAAGCAUUACUUAAAGAAAUAACAAUAUUUAACAGAAGAGAAACACUGCUAUCUAUAUUUAGAAUUCUGCUAUGGAUUCAUUUACUUGCCGCUAUGUUAUCAUUAUCUACUGUAUAUGUUUAUUCAGCUAUAUGGACUGCUGUUAUUGUGUUUUAUGGCUUUAUAUUUUGUCCCAACUACACUCGCCUCGGUGGUUAUGUGGGCACAUCUAGUCUAAGCAAAGAAUACUUUUUUGCUACAUUCGGCAUUGGUCUGAUUCUUAAUUUGACUGCUUCUAUUACAAUGGGAACCUUUUUACUUUUGGAUGCAAUGAAACAUGGUUGUGCUGAGUUAAAAGGAGAUUGUGGUUAUGUAAAUAUUUGGUCAAUUGUGUUUUACUAUGGUCAUUCAAUAUUUUUAAUAAGCACAGUUAUACUUGUUCUUUUUCUGAACAUUAACUGUAAAGUUGAGGUGGGUGACAUCAUUGAAUAUUAUCUUGUUCAAAACAAAGAUGUCGCCAAAGUUUUGCUUGUUGCAAAGAUAGGAAGAAUGAAAGAGCGUCGAAAUGCUGCAUUUGAACUUGCUAGUCUUGCUGCAACUGGUGAUGAUGCAAAAGCAAAAAUUGUGGAAAAUGAAGGAUUGUAUGACAUUUCAAGUGCUGCUAAACGAGCUUCACCUCUAGCUGCACGAAUAAUUGCUGGCAUUUAUCUAGAGCUUUCUUUCUCUCCUAGUAUUAGAACUUCAUUAGCUGAAGAUGCUGCUUCAGCAUCAGCAUUGGAAACACUUUGUAAAUCUCAUGACGAUGAAACAAAAAGAUUAGCACUGCAAACGAUAGAGUUGUUGGUGAUUGAAAAUCAGGAAUUUAUAACAAGCAGGGCUCAACUUUUGGAUUAUCUAAUACAAAUUCCAACAUCUUCAUCUGAUGAUCAGCUAUGUUUGCUUGCUGGAAAGAUACUUUUAUAUUAUGCAGAAAUAAAAAAAACAUGUGCAAAGCUAGUUGCAUCCCCAGGUUUAAAAGAUUCUUUACUUCAAUUGGCAUGCAAUCCUGAUCCAGUUCUCCAGAAUGUAGUUGUAAAAAUUAUAUUGGCAAUAUUAGAAAAUAUUGAAGAUAGACAUGACGCCCUUUCAAUUGGCACAAUAGAAGUGCUUACGUACCUUCAUGAAACUUGUCUUGAUAGAGAGACCUGGGAAAUGGCAGAAAAAGCUAUCGAUAUUUUGCAUGGGUUAACUAUUCAAAAAAAAAUUUCUGAAGAUUCGAGAAAAGCAUCUAGUACAAAGUUUAGUUUUGUUCAAAGUUUUUAAUUUUUAUUAGUCAAUUUUAAAAAAUCAACAUCAGGCUUCUUAAUAAAAAAAUCAGCAUGAGGCUUCUUAAUAAACUAUUGACUGAAAGUGGAGGGUUUUAACUGUUUUUUAUUUAAAGUAAAAUUUUGGUUUUUAAAGAGAUAUUUGAUAUAAUAAUUAUUGAAGAGAUAUCUGAUAAAAUGAUUAUUGAGAAGGUAUUUGAUAUAAUUAUUUUUCAGAUAUUAUUAAGCAGAUAUCUGAUAUAUUAUUGAGUAGAUAACAGAUAUAGUAUAUAGGUGAUUUAUAAUAUAUAAAUUAUUUUUUAAAUUUUAUAAUUUCAACUAAGAUUAUUUCCUGCCAAAAAUAAUUACUUUAAAUUUUGAUUUUACAAUAAGAAGAGGCGCUUUUAUCAUUAGGCGACCGCUUAACGCGGAAUGAUUUUAUUGCAACAAACAGGAUUUUAUGGGAUUUUUCAAAGGCUUUUUAUAUUUUUAACAUUUUAUGUAUAACAGUUUUCAGAUCUUGUCAACAGCGGAAAAUAAAACGUCUUGGGAGAUAUUUAUUUAGUAUAACAUGUAAUAUAAUGUUUAUAAUAUAUGUACAUAAUUGAUUAGUAUUUAUAAAAAUGUAGUUAAAUGUACACUUUAUUUAAAUAAUCACUUUGGCAUGACAAAAAAAA